AUGUAUAGACGAGGCGGUCCCCGCGAUGGUGCUCCUAACACCACCGCCCCAUGCCUAAGGCACGACUCGGUUUACGCCGACCGUCUUGCUUCUCGCGGUAGCGGCCGGAGCCGCGCAUCUUCGAGCAGCCUUCCGCGGAGUUCUCCGUUGCAACGCCGGCCGUCGGUGCAGGCGCCGCCCCUCUCACCCGCCGUGCCAGACUUCGCCCCGAUACCCGCGGGCACCUCUCUACCGGGGAUCGUUGUGCCACAACAUUUUCCUUCGCCGCUGCUGCAACGACCCGUCGUGCUGAGCCGCAACAUUAGUGUUGGCAGCACCGGCUUCGGCAGCAUGUACGGCAGCCUGUACGGCAACAGCAGUUUCUCCCAGCAACAUUCCUUUUACGGUAACAUGGGCAGCUUCUACGCCGGCUUUGGUGAUGCGCUGAACGCCCGACCUGGCAACCGGGGCGGUGACUCUCUCACCCCCGCAGCGUCGUCUUCCCUUUCCUCCCCCAGUAUUGGAUCUUCUUCCUUCAUGAACGCCUAUCCAUACGGCGAAGGGGACGACGACACCGCGACUCGCUCGGCCAACGCGUCCCCCGCUAUCGCCUGCGAGGAAGACGACACGCCCCUCAGCCGCCGCGGCACCGCCGCUGCUCGUGCCUUGCGCCGCAAGGUGAGCUUUUCCGGACUACCGCCUCUGACGGAGGAGGAGGAGAGUCCGCAGCGCACCGUCGCGCUUACGCCACGGCGCGUUGGCUCACGCCGCCUGAGUGCUCAACGCGCAAGUCACGACGGGGAGCGAAAUGCACCCCCUCCAUCGGUACAGCCGCCACCACCGCCGCACCGGCAACCGCAACCGCCAUCCCAACAAUACGCGCCCAUUGUCGUGGGCGGCAACUCCCCUGCUCACCGCGGCUUCGGCUCGAUGUACUGCCAACAGCCGGCCUUGAGCGGCUACGGAGCGAACCAGAGCUACGGCCCUUACGCGACGAAUGGGCGGAGUUGGAGGCCGUCUUACCCAUCCGCACCGCCUACGAGUUCCCCACGAAACUCUGCCCAGCCGCAGUACAACAUGUACGGCGGCAGAAGCUCCGCGCCGUUUGGCAAUGGUGGUCUUGUGGUGAUGCGGCCACGUCUUCUUAUGAACGGGUACUAUUUCUGA